AACGAGAUUUCUUAUUUUCGUUUGUGAUAUGUAUCGGUUUGAAAGAAAUGUUCGUAUACGAGACAACAGAUUUGAGUUGUUGUCACUUUGACAGUGACAGUCGUCUUUAUAUCAAUCAUAAAUUGCUCCUCCGUAGAUCGUGCACUUGUAAAGCGUGCCGGAAAGCAAAACAAACGUCAAUCAUUUGCCGUCAAUCGCGGAUUCCGGAAAGAAGUACAUUCUGAUAGAAGUUACAGACCUGUCGCGAUCUGUCAAUAAACAGCAAGAAUAUGCAUGUUGUAUUGCCUUUCUAUCAGGGUUUCAAUAAUAUCGAAAAAUGAUAUAAUAUUUUAUCAUCUAGCUUUUGACGCAUAAUCCAAUAUGCCUGCAGAUAUAAUAAGAGCUACGUAAUGCGUCAAAUUCGCGAUUCAUUUAAUCGCAAAUUUACAUUUUCACACGUUUGAAUUCUCACCAAUCGUCUCGUAACUUUACUACGUCGAACACGUUCUCUGCCAAAUAUUUUAACCAGCAAAAUACAAAGUGUUGCUUCGGCUUUACGUGUCGAUCGUUAAAUUGACAUAUGUACUCUUAUGUCAGCACGUUCUUUAAAAACCUACUUAACUGCUUAAAAAGAAUCUAUUUAUAUUUCUUGCUCUUUCUUACAUUAUCAUCGUUAUCAUUAACGUAUUAUAUGCAAUGUUGCAGAUAUGAAAUAAAUAAUAAUAUUUACGAACAUUGUGCACAAUUUUAUGCAAUUUUGCUUCAGCCUAGCGAGUUCUCGCGAUUUGCGCGCAAGACUAUCGAUGAGCGAUCUUGAGUCAGACUCAUAAUCGCAACGGAUCAUGAGGAAUAAUUGGUCGUUUCUGAGAGACGAGAUGUAGGAAAGGAUAUGCCCAGCUGCUUGUCGUCAUCUAUGACAGGAUCGACAGAUGCGGGGCUGUUGCAGCCCCAGGAAGAUCCCAAGCAACUUUCUGUAUCUUGCUCGUCGUCGACCUUCAAUCUCAGACCGGUAUCUGAGGAUACGAGUUCGUUGCUUCGGCGAGGCAGAAGUCAUCGUCAGCCACCGCGACGUAGGAUGACAUCCGCUCCGCCGCCAGGACAAACGAUACAACUAACACCUCUUUGGGAACAUGUGGUGCGUACGCGUAAAUUUCCGUCCGAAGUUGACGCGCAAGCUACAUUUGUCGAGAUCUCUGAGAGACUUCGAGACCCGGAAUGGGAGGUGCGUCAGCACGCUCUCCGAGUGUUAGUGGACGUUCUGCCAACGCUGAAUGCCGAUGUCGACAAGGUCAUGCAACCGGUAGUGCCCGAAUUGAUCAAUAAUUUAGGACAUCCAGCGCCAGCGGUUCGUAAAGGUGCUUUGGACACGCUGCGAGUGUAUCUUAUUCACAGUCCUAACAGGGACAGCAUGGUCAAAAGUAUCCUUCACGAUGGCUUGAAUCGGCCGGAUGCUCAUAAUCCAUUUCAGAUAAACGUGACGACGGGCGUAAUUCUCAGCGCACCUUUGCUGCUUUUUCCGUCCUCCAACAGUCCUCCUCCGACAACGCAGAUACUUAAAGAUGCCACGAUAGCCUUUGCUUCUCGAUUGGUCCAGAUACCUCAUCAAGAGGCUGUUCUUAAGUCUCUUAUUAAGAUUCGUGACGCAGUUGGCGAAGAGGAAUUCGAUAACUAUUUGGCGGAUUAUGACGAUAAGUUCAAGAAAAAUAUCGACGUUCUCGCUAAGAUCUAUAGCAUCAAACCGAAUAAGAGAAAGCGAGAUAAAAGUCACUCGCAAGAGAUUGUAAAGACUGACAAAAAGGAGUGCGUUGACAAGUUUUGGGAUAGCGACAGCGACACUUCCGGCAUUGCCGAAGAAGAAGACGAAGCUUCGAACAGCGGAAGUGGCGCCAUGCCGCCAGCGAGAGUCGUUCUUGAAACUGAGAUCAAGUUCAACGAAGAAACAGCUAUCACAAUGACGAUUCUCGAAGAGAAGGAUGAGGACGAUAGCGAAGAUAAUGAGAGACGAAACACUGAGACUGAAAAUAACGCGAAUAACAACAAAGAUUUCAUGUCUCUGGAAAACAAGCGGAAGACAUCCAGACGCGUUCAUUUUGGCGGCGAGAUUGUCAAACUGAGGACACCUGAUAGCGACGAAACGGAAUCCAUCGAGGUAGACACACCUAAAACGAGGAUCCCACUUCCCGUUUCGCCGGCUACGAAGAUGCCGGAAACGAUGAGGAGACGACCAUCGUCGCAACCCUGUAGUCCUCACGCUGAGAAGCGGUGUCCGAAGAGAGCUUCCAGAUCAGCCUCUAACAGCCCUAAGAGAGAGUAUACGCACAAUGCACAGCUGAGUCCUAAAAAAAGCAUUCUCACAAGAACGGGAGGAGAACGAGAUCCUCUUAUCGUCAUCGAUCCCGCAAUGGAAGAGAACGCGAAGAAAAAUAGGAAGAGCGGCGAGGCGAUCGUGGAAGACGAAGGAUUUCGUGUAACAAACAGUUCGGAAGAAGUCAGCCAAGUAACAAAGAAGGAAGAAGUUACGUUGAUUCGAGCCACUUCCGCGUCAUUAGAUAACAGAGAGAAAUUAAUAAAAAAUAAUGAAAGUAAUGAAACAAAGGAUGAGAACCACGUAUUUAAAGUGACUGAGCUUUUAGCCGCGGAACCUUCAAAAAACACGUCUGUGAAAGAAAAACAAAUGAUUUAUGAGAAACUCACGGAUACGAUCGACAAAACCAACAUUUCCGAAAUGUCUCUCUCGAGUCAGGAGAAAACUUACACACCGAUCCAAUUCAUUCCAAGAGGACAAACGCUUAAAGAAGAAAAUAGAGAUGAUAUUUCGAUAGUAGAAGAAGGACGUUCGAGCGAACAAAAUCCAGUGAAAAGUAAUUUUUCUUGCGAGUUUCCUUUCGGAUCGCCAGUGAACGAGUGCAAUACUCAAAUAGAUCGUUUUUUCGAUAGUGAUUUUGGUAACAACGACAGACAGGACGUAUGUACUUUUAAUGUGAUAAAAGACGAUCGCGUAACGACCACCGUAGCGGAUUAUUGUGACGGCAAAGUCGUUAUUGGAGAGAGUAACUGCGAGGGACGAAAAGCAGCAUAUAGUCAGAGUGAUAUACAAGGCGCAAUGAUGGAAGGAAACGAAAGUGUUACUUGUAGCAGCAGUGAAGGCGAGGGUAAACCGCAGGAAUCAAACUGGGAAGAAUUAGGAUUGGUUAGUCAGGAAGUGCUAGACGAUCUGCACAAUAAGGAUGAUUGGCGAGCGCGUGUGAGAGGGUUGGAGAGAGUCGCGUCUGCUCUGCGAACGUCCUCAGCGCUAAUCGCGAUAGAGUCGCGAUUAGGAUCGCUUUUGCAUGCGGUACUUGGCGGCGAAAGGAGCUGUCGCGUGGCUGCCGCCGGUCUGGCGGUAGCGAAGGUGAUCGUUACUGGUGUUUCGGAAGACGCGCUGAAGAAAAAGUUACCUCAGCUAGCUUGGGGUCUAGCCAGACAAGGUGGUCCAGCCGCGGCGCAGUUAGCAAGGAUUGCGAUGCUCAGGCUCAAACCUAGCUUGCUCUUGGAGCAAUUUCUGCAGCCUCAUUGUCUGAAUGCAAGAAACGCCAAGACGAGAGAAAACACGCUGCAAUUGCUGAUUUUCUCAUUGGUGACCUUUCCGAGUACGGAAUUCAAGCUGCAAACUGUAGCUAACCAUGUGACGACGAUGAUCAUGGAUCGGCGACGCAGAGUACGCCAAGCUGCACUCGACACUCUUGCAGUUUUAGGACAGAUUUACAAUUCCGAGGAAGUCUUGGAAGCAGGAAAACGGGCGGCGGAAGGAUGUACCGACGGUGAGGCAAUGUUGGCCGCCAUCAGAGCACGGCUGGCCCGGAAGUCGCUGCCGCUGGUAUCGGUCGACGGUCUCGUGGUGUACGGUUUGCAAAUUUCACCGACUGUUCAGAUCGCUACUGGUCCUGAUGUUGAUUGGAUCGUAGCAGGAAGCGGUUCGGUUUCACCUGGCACUGGUCGUACCAGAGGUCAGAUCAUUGCCACGUCCAGAUCUGCACAAGGAAAAGUAUCUAGGAAUGAAAUUAACAACCGUGAAAGUCCGUGGAUAGAGAGAUCUAAUCUCGUUGCGCUUGGCGUUGGCUUACAAUCCAAGACUGAACAAUCGAUGGCCUGGCAGAUAUUGUCUUCGCAGACCAAUAAUGACAUUGAACACGAGAUAAAAAGACUGAACGGUCGAAAUUUAACUGCAGAUGUGUCUUUGAAUGGCAAUUUGAAAUUUGAAGAGCAACUGCGAUCAUCUUAUACGCCAUCAAAUCAGUUAUACGACUCCGUCAGGACGGAUUAUAGGAUUCGUAAAGAAAUUUCCAACAACUAUUUCGAACAGAAAACGCGAAAUCGUAAGGAUAUUAAUGAACUUGCUAAAGAGAAGGAAAGUGCUAUUUUCAAGGGAGAAUCAAAAAUUCCAAUAUUAUCAAUGCGUGAACGCUACAAAAUAAUAUUGCAAAAUCGUGAAAAAUCUAUCAACCUGGAAAAUUUCAAUUUUGAUUCACAAAAGCAAACAAAGAAUGCAUUAAAUAGCAAUAGGAAUCGGAUAAAUUUACAGCAGGAUACUGGGUCAUAUGCGGCUAUAUAUCAACGGCGAAAACGUCUUCAUUUAGAAGAGAGUCAGUCAUCGAAUCAAACAUUUGAUUCACAUUACAGUAAUUGCUAUCCACCUAUUUGUACGAAUACUUUAGCAACAAGCAAGGAAUACAGUGAUAUUAUAGGAAGCAGGGAGACAAUAUUUUCUGAUGACAAUUCGAAUGUACGUCUCAGUGAAUUUGUGGACUGUGAGAAUUUUUCAGAUAAAACCGAAAAUUCGAGUUGCACAAUAGGACGUCAACGAUCGUUGUCUAGAAAUAUGCAGCAGUCGACGCUUGUCGAAACAUAUAGUUCGAUUUAUGAACAGCAAAGGAAGCUUACGGAUAGAAACGCAUAUCGAUUACUGCGAAUUGCUGCAAAUCCCCCGACUUAUAUGUAUCAGGAAUCUCAGGAUUUAAGUUCACCAAUUUCUGCAAACGACAAUAGGAACGUAUAUUCGAAACAGAGACUCGAAAUGGUUUCGUCGAAUUCACAAGAGAACGGUCAUUUCUUCGCGGAAAACUUCCCCGAUCCUCACCGCAGGAGACUACGAUCGUUGUCUCCGUCGCAACUCCAUCGAUCAAAACAGUUCGUCAAAUUGGCUUCCAGUAGAUUUCACGCUACGUCGAUGUAUGACAUCGAUAAAACAUCGGCGGUGAAUGAAGAAGAAUACAACACACAGAACAAACGCCACUUCUCACCGGAGACAUACCACGUACAUACCGUGAACAAGGAGGAAUCGCGGUAUCAAGAAUUUCUGCGUUCGUUCUCAGUCGGCGAGCGCGCACGCGAAUGUUCUAAGAGCGCGAGCAGUUCGUCGUCGGACGUUUCCAGAAACGAUCAGCAGAAUGCGGAGAAUCGGGAGGCGGCUUUACAACGAGAUUACAACGGUAAUGACAACAGCGAAUCGUCGACUCCACGAAGCCGAGAUGGUGACAAUCCGGCGUUUGACGUUAUCACGCAACAAACGGCAAAUCACCCGAAGGACGACGUCGACUCGUUCUUCAUACCACUGAAUACCAACAAAAUAGAAUAUCCGGUCAAAACGGUGCCGACUGUGGAUGAAGCGUCAAAGGAAUGGAAUAGCGAAUAUGAUACGAAGCCGACAAGUAGAAUCGGAUCAAUUUUGCGACACUCAAAUCAUAACGAACUGAAUGAGAGCAGCAACAGAAACAGCUCCGAUGUUCUUGUGCAGCCGACGGACGAUAAAUCAAGCGCAAGAAGAAAAUCUACCGUUACGGUGAUUCCGGACAAACUUACCUACGAAGAUCCGGAAAUAUAUAAGGAGUCACUGCAAACGAGAGCUGCGAGUCCUAAGAAAUCAGAAUUAUUGUAUCAGUCACCUAAUGACAGUGCUCAUCACUCGCCGAGCUCCAACUCGCCAUCCAAGCAAAAUUCUCACUACUCACGAAAUUCGACCAGAGAUUCCAAUAAGGAGAGAAUAAUAGCUUCUAUAGUACCUGACGAGGAUGCUUCCAUUCGAUCGUUAGACACCGUUGGUCAUUUACCUGUAGAUACAAUCGAUGAUUCACCGGCAAUUGUCAUCGCGUCGAGACCCCAUUCUCACGAAGCUGUUAAAUACGUCGAGAACUCGAGAAGUGUCGACAAUUCUAAUUUGCAAAAUAAGAUUUCUGUUCAGGAGUCUACGGAAGAGGAGUCCAGUGUUAACGAUACUUUAGAAGACAAACAAAGCAAAGAUAGCGCGAGCGAAACAAAUACGGAACCAGGAAUAUUGAAAAUUGAAUCUGAGCCUGUGGAAACUGUUGAAUCGCGCAGAAGACUUCCUUCAAAGGUACCAGUACGGGGUGUUGCUAGACAUCGAGCGGUUUCUAACAAAAGAAUUACAGAGAAGCCCUCGGAAAUAUCCAAGCGAAUGAUGCAACAGUGUUUGUCGCAGCUCGAAAAUAAAGACUGGGAAAUAACGAUGAAAGGUUUGAAAACCUUGUCUCAGCUUUCGAAGCAACAUCCAGAAUAUUUGGAUGUUUGCGUUGCUGGAACGCUAGGAAGGCUUCUAGGACGACACGUAAAGAAUCUUCGAUCACAAGUGGCUCGUGCCGCAUGUAAUGCGGCAAGUGAUGUCUUCAGCUCUCAGAUUCGUGGCAUUGAUCAAGACUUGGACGACAUAGCUGGACCUCUGCUUCACAGAACGGCCGACACGAAUCGGUUCUUACGAGCAGACAGCAACGCAGCAUUAGAUCAAAUGAUACAACAUCUGCCGCCUUAUAAAACCAUCGGUAUUAUCGUGCUUCGAGGAGCAAGUCAUCAAAACUCUGUCGUUCGCGCGGCGACCGCUCGGCUGUUAUCGGACAUCACCGAUCGCAUCGGACCCGAUCAUAUUAUGAUUUUACCGCGUGACGUAAGAGAUAAGUUACUAAACACGGGCGCGAAGUUGCUGAUGGAUGGGAAUCUAGACGCGAGAAAUCACGCGAAGAGAAUGUUUCGACGGUUGACUCUCUGCGAUGGAUUUCGAAAAGCAUUGACAGACGCGGUGCCAGAAACGACGUUAAGACACAUUGACAAAACUAUGAAAACAUUGUAAAUCAAGUCGCUCUAUCGUAAUUAAAAAUCUGCGUAAAUCUGUGCAAUUUUGCCAUUUGUUAUCGCUGUUUGAAACUACACUAAAAAGACUGCUUUAUCUUGAGAAUGAUCUUAGAAACUUUACGACGAAAAACUUUUCUACACAUCUUUUUUUUAAGAAAUUAAAUUACGCAACAUGAAAGUUUAGUCAUUUAUAUCAAGAAAGACAGAAGAAGACUCGAAAAACGAUCUUUUAUCGACAAACUUACCACGCGAGGAAGUUUUGAUACUUGUAAUUUUAAAUAUACAUGUAUAUAUAUGCAUCUACAUUAAGUUUUAUAUACGAUUGUAUAGAACAUGCACUGUAUGAUGCAAGUGCAUUUGGACUGUGCCUUCGUAUCGAUGAUUGUAAAUCUUGCAAUAACAAUUUUAGCUCAAUUACUUUAUAGCGUUCGUAAAUUGUUGACGCCGUGUACUUCGAAAACGAAGGAAACAUUGUCUUAAUGUUGUCUUUAUCAACUCUAUAUUAACGAGUUGCAGGAAGAAGAAAAAUAUAAAGAUUAAGGAAAUCUUUUCUAAGAAAAAAAUUCAUUGCUGAUGGCAAUGAGUCUGUUUCAAAAUCAAUAAUAGGCUUUUGUAAGCCAAAACUUCAAAUUUAUUCAUUUGAUAAUAUCAUCGAUUUAUUGCAACUCGAAUAUUAAUAUUGAAAUAUUCAAUACGGUAAUUUUGCGUGUUAAAGAUAUAUAAUGUAAAAAAAUAUCGGUGUCUAUACAUUUUACAGAAUAAAAAUAAUUGCAAACAAUUUUGAAAUUUGUUUGUGAGAAGACUAAUAUGUUGAAACAAUUAUGUUGAAUAAGUGACUGUACGUUGAAACUAUAUUGUGUAUUAAGAGAUAAAACUCGUACACAUUUAUACAUAAAUAUACAUAUAAAAUAACAAUUUAUGCGCAUACACAAUGUUGUCACACGAGAAUAACUGUUCAUUAUUGAAGGCAUAUAGAAUAUAAAUAUAUAUGGGCAAAUUUAUCGUAGUUUUUAUUUUUGAUGGACUUUUUAAUACUGAUAAAUCUAAGUUGUGUUUUAUAUGCACAAGACGUAUUUUUUUCGUAUACUUUUUAGUAAUAACUAUGUAUAAAAAUGCAGAACGUUCGUGUUAUUGCUGGCUUUUAAAAGUACACUAAAUCGAUAAAAAUAUAGGAAAUCAUAAAAUUUAUUCUGUUCCUUUCGAAUUUGUGUUUCACUUUUAAUAACUUUGUACUUGCGCCGUGUUAUAUAACACUUUAGUAAUAAAUGAAAAAGUUACUGUGCAUUCAUACAUCUUUUUCCUGAAGGUGAUGCCAUCCCACGACACAUGCAUGUUCUUUGGACGUCCGAUAUAUGCUCUCAACAUAUAUUGGACAUCCAAAGGACAUCCAUGUAUUUCGAUAUUCCGAGAAAAGUUUUUUUUAGUCUAUAUUAACUGUGAACUCUUUCUUAUAUCAUAACUUACCACGGAAUUCAUGUGGCCAAUUUUUAAACCCAAUUUUAUUAGUUAUGACGUUAAGAGUACGCAAUUUAAACAUGAUUGCAAUGUAAAACUGGAAAGAAAUAUAAGUCCACUUUAUUCAGGUAAACUUUGCGUUGUUUACUUAAAACCAUUAACGCCU